AUGGCUCAAAACAACGUAUCUAUCUUAUAUGAUGAUGUUAGUACAUGUCUUCGUGAUGCUAUGGAUAGUAUGUUCAAUAAUGGUCAUAAUACAAAUUUUGAUCUAGUUAAUAAUGGUGGACUUUCAUCAACUGAUAAUUUAAAAUUAAUGAUGAAUCAAAAAAGAAAACUAGAAUCAACUGUUAUUAUUAAUGGUAUAGAAAAACAUCAAGAAAAUGGAAAUGAUCAUGUUAAACGUUUGUGUACUACGAAUGAUCAUGAACAAAAAAAAUAA